CGCGGACGGACGCCAAGACGGCCCCAUGCUCGGCCGCCUCCAACGCGACUAGCACGACUCCGCCAAAACAUUUGUCUAUCUGUCCAUGCGAUGUCCUAUUUUUGCUGUAUUUCCUCACUGAACUGAAGCUGAAGACGCUCAUUAUACUUCCGAGAAGUUAUUAAAACCGAAAGAACCGUCUGCCCCGUCGCGCAAUUGCUCUCGCUAUGCUCUGAACGCGCUUCCAACCCGAGCUUGACCUUGACGACGACGAUGCAUCCACCCACCUCCUGAUUCCCCUUAACCACCUCGAAAAUUGUCGCCGACCCCGGCGAUGGAACGCGACAAAGAUACUCUGGCCACGCGGCCAAAUGGAAGACCCACGAGCCUGCUCGUUGUGAGGGAACAGGGCAGAAAGCCGCUCUUCACGAGGCCCGCCUCGCGAGCAGAGGAGACCAGCAACGCCAGACUCAAAGAUAAAGAAAACGAUCGCUCGCAGCUCCACAUGAGCAGGCAUCGGAUGAGCGAUUUUGGCCAUGGAAUACCACGACGCAUGAGCUCUGAGCCCCUGGCGCCGCUGGCGCAGACAUUGGGAAGGAGAAGCAGUAGUAGCAGUCUGGCAUCACCCGGAGGCACGCGCAUACCAAAACCCUCGGGCGUCACAUUCUCGAGCCGGAAACAACUGUCCUUAAGCGAUGCGUUCAACCGGGCUGCCAUGGAAUACGAGGAGGAGAGCGACCAGAGCCAAGUUAUGGAUGCGUCGCCUAGCCCGGCGCCCCGGGUGGCCCGCGCGAAGCGUGAGGAGGAAGAUAAACGGAUGAGGAAGAUAUUGGGACAAGAUCACCUGGAUACCAAGGCGCCAAACCGGCCGUUUUCGCGAGCAUCAUUAGCGACCUCAACACUGGGGGAGGGGAGGGUCUCGCCUGAGAAGUACGACUCCCCGAGACGAAGGUCACUGUAUGGAAAGUCGAGGAUAGGGCUUGGGUCGAGGGAACCUGCGCAGGAUCCUAUCAGCCCGAAGGUCAAUGUGACCAAGCCUAACGAUCAAGCAGAGGACCCUCCCCGGGAUCCGAUCAGCAGGCUUCGACCCGAGCCCCGGUUGUUGAAGCACUUACCGUCCAAGGACGACCUCACGAACCAAGGUCGCAUUCCCGCACUGGUCCCAGGGAUAGAAGACCUGCCGUGGCCAUCAAUUGAGAAUCGACAGCACCAACAAGACCCAGCUCCUCCGACGCCUCUCAACACGGAGAAUGCAUCGCCCGAGAAGAGCUUCGCAUGGGAAGUUGACCAGGACUUUACUGCUGGAGACCUGCAGAUCUCGGAUAGCCCCAGGAUCAAAAUGGGCACCCGACCAUUCGCAGACCGGAUCAAGUUUGACGAAGGGAGUGAGAUUGACAUCAAUUCGCGGACAAGAGUAGCCAACCCGGGCUCGCGCAACACCAAGUUGGAUGAGAUCCGGUCAAGGGAGGUCAAGGUUGGGAGCAAUAUUCCACUUGAGUCUCCGCAAAAGCGGCAGCCCAACACGAAAAUAGAGGAAAUACGACAGCGCGAGGCCCAGGCUGAGCAUCAGAUACCGAUCCCGGAUCGCAGCCUACCGAGACCGAGCAACACCAAGCUGAAUGACAUACGGCAACGAGAGAUUAAUGGCAUCCCGAACCGAGCACUGGCAAAGGCGAGGUUGGACGAAAUCCGGGAGCAAAACUCAAACUCACGCUCACUGUCUCCAGAGGAAUAUCGACCGUUGUCGGCCCGGACUGCGCGGGAAACGACAUCUGCCGCGGACCGGGAGACGAAAGUACCGAUUCGACCAAUGUCUGCCUUUGAGAUUGGGGGACAACGCAUACCCGAUACGCCUGUUACCAUCUUCAAGGCGCGAGAGACAAAGUACCAGGCUCCAGUGGAGGAACGGGGCGAAUCAAGCAAAGCAAACGAUGCUGCGGAUGUUGCACGACCGGAGCUGUCAAACUUGCACAAACGCGGUGACUCACGAGACUUGUUGCGACGGCUGGCAAGGGCUGCCAGCUCAAGCCCUGCGCCGGAGACGGAAGCUCGACGGCCGGCCAGCCCGUUGCCUAGUGAGAAACCCGUCACCCAGGACUCAGAUUUUACGUCCGGCCUCCCACGACGCACCUCCGAAAAUGCUCCGAGACACAUACAACACCAAAGAAAGGACAACGAAACCUCAAAACCCACAGUUGGAUUCACCGGCAUACCUCGCACGCGUUCUACGGACUCUGUCAAGAGCAAGAGAUCUAGCAUGCAGUCGGAACUGGACCCGACGGACAGGAUCGAGGGGGAGAUGAAGCUCUUCGCGCUGGGCGAUAACCAGUCGGAGAAGGGCUCCAUUCGAGCCCCGUCACCGUUGCCGGACUCUGAAGACGAGAAGGAGGACGCCGAGGCGACACCGCGGGCUCCGAAGCCAGACCCGCUGACGAUGCCGACACCCAAAAUCAUGGGUGCGUACGUGGAGACGCCGGCGACGGUCAAGGUGGAGAAGAUUGAAGUCAAGGACGAGAAGCCACGAGAGGAGACGAGAGCAUCGCGGCCAAAGUCUUCUUCAUGGGCCCGGGAUAAGAAAACGGACCAUGCAUGGGAGAGUCGUGAUCAAGACACGACUUCUGACCCGGGAACGGACGAGAAAUCUGCGCCCACGGCGAUGUCGUCGGGGGUGAGAAGGCGGCGCACACGUUCACUGCCACGGCGCAGAGGACCCCUAAGAAACUCAGCAAAGCCGCCCACAGUCAAGGAUGAUUUAAUGCAACUUCAACGCUCGCAUCAAAUCGAGGAUUCAACUCUGGACGACUUGGAAGAGAUCUUGCUAGGCCGCAAAGCCCCCACGCCCAAAAUGGAAGCUCUCCUCAACGACCUCUCGGAUCAACCUUCGCUCGACGACGACUUUGACUUUAACUUGGAGCUCGACACCAAACUCAAUACCAACAGCAACAAGAUCAACCCCCAGGACCCCGAUCACUCUGACGGUGAUCUGGCCACUUUUACACGAAUGAGCAAGUCCCUCCAAACCGGCCUCAUGGGCAUCCGGACUGCCAAGAAGGGCAUCGAGCGCCUUGAAGGUCAGGUCCUGCACGAGACGAAGUCGGCCGAGAAGUUGGACACGCACACCCACGACCAUGAGCGUGGCACUGGCUGCACAACUCACGUCGCCCCAACGACAGUGUCCUAUGUUCCCCUGGCCCUGCCUCUACCAAACCUCUACCGUCGCAAACCAUCAUUCCGGCUUACCUUUGUGGGUAUCAUCGCCUUGCUCUUCUCACUCUGGUACGCCGCCGAAUCGGCCAUGUGCGCCGCAUACUGUCGUCCUACAUCAUGCGGCAACGCUCCCUGCGUGUGGUCUUUCGAUGAUCCUACCUUUGGCAACGCGCUGCCAGUCAAGCUGGACCAGUGGGCUACAGGUGGCCACGGUCGCGUCCUUAUGGGUGCACUCAAAGAGGAGGUGGCGGACUGGUCUGCCGACCUUGUGGAUAUGUACUAUGGCCGCGAAAUGACAGAAAUUGACGUCGACUUGCUCUCAUUCGAGCAGAAGCGCCAGCACCGCCGCCGCCUACUCAAGAAAGGCUUGCUGAAGCCGCGCUCGGAGCAACCAGAGCAACAAGCUAAGUGGGAUGCUUGGCGACAGACACGAAUGGCCAAGGAGCGGGUACGGGACGCACGGGAGAUGGGCUACUACCAUCUCGCUGAUGAUGGAGACGAGGCUGUUGGGGGAGAUCAGCGUGUUUGGUAA